AUGGAUUCGUUAAAAGAGCGGGGACAUGCACGGCCAUUAGGUCAUUUGGAAAACUACUUCUCAAUAACCCAGAGGCAAAAACUAUAUGCGAACUUCAGCAUGUAUUGCGAACUAAGCAAGCCCUGCUCUCCUAAGCAACUCGCAUAUGCCCUUAGAUCUAUUUGCCUGCAAAAUCCAAUUCUUGUUCAUCAAGUUCUUCCCAAGCACUGGCCAAAUCAUCUUGAGUACUACGCGAGCGAUGAGUUUUUGGCACAGCCUACGCUACAACAUGAGGAUAUGCGCCUUCUUGACAACGUGCUGCUCUCAGACAUUGUAAUGAAUGAACAGGAAGAAUAUGGUACAGUUGUUUCGGAGGCAAUUGAAGAAUUUUCACAAAAUGGGGGCCAGUAUUCCAAAAAAAUCUUUGACAUUAUAGCUGACAUCCGCAUACCUUAUGGAGACCCUCUCAAGCCAAAUUGGAGGUUGCUCUGCUUCCCGGAAGGCGAAAGCAAUUUAUGGAGAAAGUUCAUAUACAUCACUAAUCAUUGUUCCAGCGAUGGCCGCUCUGCCGCGAACUUGAUGCGCGAUCUCUCCGAGCAACUCAAUCAUGUUCCAGAGACUCUACCUGAUAGCGACAUCAUCUUCAAUUAUUCCUCAGACUAUGAAGGUUUGCGUAAACUACCUGAUCCUAUUGAAAAUCGGAUUGACUACAAGCCGCCUAUCUCAUACUUGUUGCAAUUACUAUCAAGCUCUUAUGUGAGAGACUACCUGGGCUACUAUUCAAAAGGGCCGUUAGUCACUCGAAUCGACGAAGUUGGUGAAAACAAGACUUAUUAUUCAUACUUUUUGAAUUUUAGCGCUGAGCAAAUGAAGACAAUUAAGCAGAAGCUGAAGUCGCGUCUUCCUGGCUGCACGAUGACGCCUUUUCUUCAAGCCUGCUGGUUAACCUCGAUGUAUAAAUCGGGUAGGGUGUUUUCAAAAUCCAUGAGAGAAUGGUUUUUCGACGUGGUGAUAACUAUGAACACAGCUCAGAUGCUGCCAGAUGAUCCUGAACUUAGAUCAAUGUAUAAAUAUGGGAGCAAUGUUGGUGGUACACGAUACAAUUACCUUAUCUCAUCCUUCAAUGUUGGCGAGGACAAGGACGCUUUUUGGUCAUUAGUCGAUUACUACCAAGGUGUUUUUAACAGCGCCAUGGAAAAAAAGCACUACCUUUUUCCGCUGGGGGCACUCAUGUUAGACAGCUUGCGCGAAAAAUCAAACAUGGACAAGGUCAUAAUGGAUGAUUUACUCGGAAAGCCUCGCCAGGGCGUAAUUCUAAGUAAUGUCGGAUACUUUCAGCAAAAAAAAGAAACUGAUGGGUACUAUGUCAGGGAUCUCGUAUUUGCUCAAUCGUUAGGCAGCCUGAGACACACUUUUGUCUGCAAUUCAUGCACCACUGAUGUUGGUGGUAUGAAUAUUGUUGCGUGCGCGGCUCAAGGUUCUGUGGCAAGCGAACACGAUUGGGCCGACGUUUGUGAGCUGUUUAAGGAGCAAACACUCGCUCUAUGA